CACGCCGUCAGUUUCGCCAGUCGGUGUCGACGGGCGGCUUGAAUGUCGCGGGUGACCUGCGCGUCGCUAAAAUCAAUGAGCACGACCGGCGCGGAGAGUGUCAACGGCGCUGCACCACCAUCGCCGACGCCACCGUCGAGUCGCGUCGUCGUCGCCGUCGUCGAUGUCAUCGGUGUCGCUCGCACCGCGUCCGGCCUGUUUCGCCGCAGUCUGUCCGGCGUUUUUCACAGCAAGUCUCGGCGUAGGCGCGACCUCGGUUACGAUCAUGUGAGUGCGCGCAACGAGAUGCCGGGCCGCGAGGACAUGGAUCUCUGCACCGACAAGGUCCUCUCCAAAGCCAGGAUCUUGCAGGAGCUCACGAAAGCGGUGAAACUGGUCUAUGCCCAAAGUCUAUAUGGCACUGUGGUCUUGGAUGGUGACUCUUGGUUGGUUUACUGGCUGGAUCGGGCAUUACGUCACGGAUUACGUGUAGAAAGACAUGGAUAUUGGGGCACUGCUAGAGAACUUAGCCACCAGGAUACUGUUGUGGUCAUUCAUGCACUACAGAGUGUAUUGACAUCUAUUGGAAAAGGUCGAGCAUGGCUCUAUCACACUCUGAGUGAGGGUAGCUUUGAAAGCUAUCUGGCCUGUUUACUGCGAGACACCAAGACUUUAAAAAAGCAGUACUUUCCACAUGCGCUUGUAAGAGAUGCUGAUAAGACCAAUCAACUGGUCAAUCUUCUCGCCGGUCUGGAAAACGUGUCCUUCACACUGCAAUUGGAUGUGACGUAUCUGGACAUCUGUAAUUACAUGCCACAGAGGCCUAUGAGCGUAAACCCAUCAGGAACAGUCUUAUCGUUGCAUCUAAGAUCUUCUAGUGUUUCAUCGAGCCUAGCUUCUCCGGGGGACAGUGGUGUUGCGUUUGACAGUGAUAUGGAUCUUGCGAAUGAGACCGACGGUAGCAGUUACAAAGAGGAGGACUUUUCAAUGGACGAUAUUCCUAAAUAUCGAAAUAACAGGUACAAGACAAUGAUCAACAACUGCAUGGAAGACAAUAAGAAUUUCGGAUCCAGUGACUCUAGCGAGGAUGGCAAGACACCGACUCAAUCACCGGCGAUCACCAAAUUUCAGACCGUUAUGAUGACGAAGAACGACAUAGUUAAUCAGAACGUAACACGGAAACUCGAUGAUAACGAAAUGAAUUGUUCUAGUUUGGAGACUAUUAAAGGCUAUGACUUCUAUAGUAAAAGUCUUGAUGAAACAAAGUUGGAUAAAAUUGGCAAAAUCGAUAACGGCAUGAAGGAUCUCAGUAAGAGAAGCACUUAUUACAGUGAUAGUGCUUAUAGUUUUAAGAAAAACAUAGAUCCUCGCAAUUCUUAUCUAAUCAAUAAUGAUACGAAUUUGUUAGAGCUGAGCAUGACUAUCUCCGAUUGCGAUAACAUGGAUACUCCGUAUGGCAUCUUGAAUACCAUUAACAUGACCGACGCCAGCAUUCUGUCUUCCUCCAGUUCGGAGGCCAUAGUACAACGUAGGCAGCGUAAGAAGAAGCGCGGUGAAAGUAAGAAGCGAGUCAGCUUCCACGAAGAUAUACUAAAGACGAUGAAACUGGAAGAUGAUGAGAGCUAUGCCGAUUUCUCUAUGAGUUUCUUGUCUCCCAAUUCUGUUCUGAAGAGGGACGCUCAGAAAGGCAGGUACAGUUGGUGCGCACACGGUGACUCGCCAUAUACUCAGAAGAACGCAAACACGGGGAGGAACGUGCAUUCAGACUGUUAUUCCUUUUCGUCAUCAUCCAGUACAUUCGAUAGUGACACCGAUAAACAAACAUCGUCGAAAUUCUGUAUCGAAGUGCCAUGUCAGCGCAAUUGCAAGUGCAACUGUGGUUUAUCCCUGUCGGAGCGUGGAGCACCGGAGGGUCAGGAAGACCCGGGGAAAAGUUUGAGACCCAAAAUGGAAAUAGAAUUGGAAGAGAACGAGGCCCAGGAAGCAUACAUCGUCGAAAAAGCAUGCGGCAAUAUCGUCGAAGACCCACCAGCCAAGGUGGAGAUGCCGCAAAUUACCAACCCGAAGAAGUAUGCUAACUCGAGUGACUGGUCGGAUGUAGAUAGCGUGACAACGUCCGAUCUGGAUGAACGUAAGAGUAACCGACAUCUGGCCUCGCCGCUAAAGAAGCGCAACAUGACGGCGAUAUUGACAGGUGAAAACAGCAGCAAGCUGUUGGCGCCGUCUUUGCGCCAGGCACCGUCGAAGACGUCGUUGCUGAGUAGAUUUCUGAAAUCGAUCACGGAAAGGAAGUUCGAGAUCAAGAAGAACAAGAAGCCGCCGAAAGCGAACACUCUAUACAUCAAAGGAGUCAAAACGAGCUACGAUUCUUUCAAAGAUUUUAAUGACAAUCUCGACAAGGAAAUUCAGGAGAACGUGGCUGCCGAGAAGCAGGAGUUCAGCGGUGAGAAAAUAAGCCUAAAACUGCGAGAACUUUUCAAGAGACAUAUUUAUCGCGAUAAAACGGAGGAGCUGUAUAAAGUAUACAAAGUCAGGAGCUCUUACAUGACAAACGGCGAGAGCAAACCAAUGAUUGCACUAUUGACAGAUAAGACGCUAUAUUUAACUGGUUCCAAGAUUGACCACUCUUAUAGCAACCAGUUCGUUAUCCCUUACAAUGAAUUAGACGUCAUAAUGAUUGGACCGAAUGCACAAAAUAUUUUAAUAUCCAAUGCCGACUGCGAGAUGCAAUAUCUAUUUUCCACUGGCAGUUCGCAAACUACCUCAGAGUUAAUUGGCCAUUUAGAAAUGGCCAUGAGACGAUCGCCAUCGAAACCGAAACUUCCCGCUGUUAAAGAACUGAAUUACGAGGAUAUGCACAUUCUGAGGAAUUCGAUUCUUUGUGACACAGCAGUGCAUCCAGAUGAGAAAAUCGAACAUUACAGUCUUAUUUAUAUGGAAGACGAACAUAUGUCACCGCCUAGCACGCCGUGCGGACCAAUGAAAGAGGGUGAUUUAAUGUUCCGGCCGCACACUUAUCAGCAUUUACAUCCGAAUGCACCCACAAAUCCCUGGGAAGCCGGCUACUUUGUUCUGAAAGGUGGCGUAGUUUACAUGUUCACAGAUUCGAAUCAGCGGCUUCCUAAGCGUGCCAUACCUUUAAAAGGCGGCCUGUGCCAGGGAUGUAGAAGAAUCCCUAAUUCUCAUCGGCCGCAUACUUUCGAGAUACUGUUGAAGCCCAACAAGUCGUAUCAGUUCGCCGCUCCGGACGAAUACGUAGCUUCUGAAUGGCUGCAAAGUUUCGUCCAAAGCGCAUCGGGUCUGUUCGAUAGCUCGGAAAAGCGAGAACCGCUACCCUGCAGUCUCAUUACGACUACAGAACACUUAGUGGCGAUGAAAGAGAUCCAUCCCGGCACGCAAAGAGGUCAAACGCUCUCUUGCGCUUCUAUUAAAGAUUUAGCUGCGUUCAGAGUGCCAUUAGUGCAGCAGUCGUGGUGUAUACUGGAAUUCGCAUGUCGAGAGGUACACGAAAAUAGCGGUGAUUGGGUUAUAUACUUCACGGAUUAUACGGAACUCUGUGCUUUCAGAGAGGUUUUAGAAACAUUGUGGGCGGAUGCAAACUUGGAUGAGUUCCCUAUGGCGACGCUUCCACCAGAAGACAAGCUGCAACGACGUUGCUCAGACGCCAGCAGAGAAUUGGAGCAUGCCUGGCGGUACUUGUUACCACCAGCUUUGGAGUAAACGAAAAAAAUAUACCAGUAGACAAUAUAUAAUACCGUCAUUUAAGAGAUUAUUUUAUCAUAUUGCCAUGAAAUGGCGACGAACGUGAAUAUUCACAGAUAACCAUGUUCAGAAAAUCGGAACUGUGUCGCAUGUCAAAGUAUACCGCUUACGCAACGUAUUCUAAAUUUUUUUCGCCUCUGUUUCGAAUUAGGUGCCAUAUAUCUGUUACUUGGAAUUAGAAACAGUCGGUAUUAUCUUGUGGCUUAUAGCUAGAACAAUAGAUAUUUUUAUUCGGACAUAUGGCACCUAACUUAUGGCAUAAUAGAAUACUUUUUCUAAUUUGAAGGUACAAAUAUAUGCGCAGCAUUCUCGCUAUAUUGCGAUGUUGAUGAAGGAUCAUUAUCUUGUAUAAGAUAUAAGUUACCGUAAACAUAUAGAUGACUAAAAAAGUCAUAAAGUGGUGCAACAUUUUUUCCUGUAGCAUAAGCCACCAUGAUAUUAAUUUAUAAUAACGCAAAGAAUGUAAUAUAACGGAUAAUUGUGAGGCAACACUGUAUUGAUAACUAUAUAAAUGUCUAUAUAUACUCACAUAUAUAUUGAGAAAACGAACCAGUAUGCAUUUGAAUACGCACUAUUGAUAUUAAAGUAGUUAUUUAUCGUCGAAGAUGAUAUUAUAUAAGACUCAGAAAUACUUAUAGAGCAGCUUCGAUACGAAGAAUAAUACUUCGUAAAAAAUCGCUUGUGAAAUUACUAUAUAAUUUAAUACAUUCCUAAUUGAUAAUUCUAACUCUAUCGAUUUUAUUUUCAGUAUCGUGACUUUCUAUCUUGAUGAUGUACAUCUCAAGAUUAUAAAAUUUUAAUUUUAUAUAGAUCAAUUUCUUUUUUUUUAGUACAUAAGUGUGAAUGCGAAAUGCAGGUAUAUAGUUGUAUUAUACGUAUUAUAUAAAAUAAUUUUGUUUAUAAUAUAUGUAAUUUUAUAUUAAAACUCUAAUAGCUUGAAUCGAUUUUGGUUAUAUCGUGAGUUGUAUUAAAAUAAUUUAAUAUUUAACGCUUUGUGAAAAAAAACAUCUGAUUUUACUUACAGGGAUUAUACCAAAAUAAUUGUAAAAUAAUUUGUUUUAAAACAAAAUUUAAAAAUUAAUUAUAAAUUCUAGGUAUCCAGUCUAUAUUGUAUGGUAUAUAAAAUUACAAUACGAAGAAAAUUGUACAUGAAAAUGCGUUUUAUUUGUGACAUAAUAAUAUGUGAAAAGUUAUUUUUCUUAAGUCAUAAAUCUCUUGUGUUACCAAAGCUACAUGAACAGAUGCAUUUCGUAUAUUCUUGUGAAUAAAUAUUUAACUUCUGCAUUAUUUCAUGUAGCUGUAAAUGAUUGUGAUAUGCUAUUAGGUAAUAAAUAUCACUUGUUAAGUUCAUGAAAUUUCUACAUAAAAUUUAUGUAAAUUAAAUGGACGAUAUCGGAAAUACAACAUUGGUUUCAUAUACUCGUUCUUACUAUGUGAAAAGUAUACGGGGUUAAAUUUUCUACAAGUUAAAGUGUCAACAUGUUCUAAAUGUUACAUUCGUAUACCUUUCACACAAUACUUCUAUAUCCUCGUACAACAAAAAUUAUAAUGUGUGUGUGUGUGUGUGUGGGAAUAGAAAAUUAAUAAAAUUAUAUAAAGAAUGAGAUCGAAUGAAUCAGACAAUUUGUUUUCCAGUUUUUCACCACUACUUGCAAAUGUACUGUAUCUUAAAAAAGGAAGAAGAAAAAAUAAAGCAUCUUAAUCGAAUUUA